ACCGCAACUUUUCAGGAAUACAAACAGGAACAAGCGUAUAACAUACUUAUUUUUUUUUUUCAAUUGUAAUAAAUUUUAAAGGAAUUGUGUUUGAAGAAAACAAGCAUCAAACAUAUUGAUAAACUGAGUCUGAGAGUAAAGAAAGAGUUAUAGCCAUGGAAGAAGAAAACAAACCAUUAAUAGAAGAAGAACAAGAAAGAGAAAUCAAUGAAUCAUCAUCAUCAGAAGAAUCAGCAAAGAAGGUAGAGAUCCAUCUUUUCCGGCAAGGUGAAGGACCCAUUGCAGUUUUCCAAUCAAACCUUUCUGGAUUCGAACAGAAUCAGUUAAAUGUCCGUCAGAUUCUCCAUAAACACUCCCUCAAAUCAAUCUUCGCCUUCAAUCCUCGUUCCGGCCGCGCCGCCCCCAUUCGAUUUAACCCUAAAACGGGGAAUUCAGUCCUUCCUUACCGAAACGGCGCCGUUCUGUACAUCGACAGUGAACCCAAGGAAUCGUUGCUUAAACCGGUGUAUAGGAUCUUGGUUGGGGUGGCAUUGAUAGCUAUUAUGAUAAUGUUAGUUUCUGGAGAUAUUGAUAUUGGUGGUUCGGAAUGGGUUCAGAAAUUGAAUGUUUCAGGUGUGAAUUUUCCUCCUUUGAUAGUGGCUUGUGUAGUAGUUGUUUUCUCCCGUAUGAGACACAGGACCAGAAAUUUUCUCAAAAGACUUGGUCUCUGAUUCAAUUUCUCCCGUAUGAUGAAUUCAUGAGGGGCGUGACCGAGGAAUUGUUUACCUUCGACUACAAGUAAUGUUUAGUUUUUGUUGUGAACUAUGGUUGGUAUGUGUUUUAAAGUUCUCAAUGAGUUCAUGGGUUGUGUUAGUUCUUAGUAGUUGUAGAUAGUUAUUGCUCACAUAAAUAGAUAGAGAUCAUAGGGCAAUUACAUUUGUUGAGUGAUUGAAUACAAUGUUCUUACAUGUAUGGUGUAUCAGUGUCAAAUUGAAAUUGACACAAACAGAGUUUUUAAUGAUAUUGCAACAAAAGAUUCUUAGUGUUAUUCUGAAUUUAUUUAUAUGGUGGAUUCAAGAUGUUGCAAAUUGAGAUAUCACAGAUUACUUUGUUACGAGAUUAGAGAUUAAGAGUAGAACUAUAUGCAUUGAUUGAUGCCAUACAGAAUCAUGGGCAUGUAUAUUUUUCAAUGAAGCGAUCAAAAGAGUCAUGAGCAACUGAGCAAGUAAGCAUGUUUAGAUGAAGCCCAACACGUGUGGGCGUUAAGGAAGAACAACUCCAAGCUGCUUUUUUAAUUAAGAGAAUGUUAAUAAAAUUAUUGAAUUUAUUUUGA